ACUAUAAUAAGUCUUUAUAGUGUUCAUUAUUUCCUCUGUAGUAGUGCAAUUACUCUCUGCUGCUACAAGAACAAUAACACAGCCAUGGCUGCUUCAGUUUCAACCAUAGGAGCUGUCAAAGGAACUCUAGUGAGUUUGAAUGGUUCUGGAGCUGUGGCUUCAUCCGUUCCUAGUUCAUCAGCUUUUUUCGGAAGCAGCUUGAAGAAGGUUACAUCAAGAAUCCCCAGCAGCAACAAGGUUUCCUCCGGAAGCUUCAAGAUUGUGGCGGUCGAUGAGGACAAGAACAAGCAGACAGAUGAGGACAGAUGGAGAGGGUUGGCCUAUGAUAUCUCAGAUGACCAGCAAGACAUCACAAGAGGGAAGGGUAUGGUUGAUCCUCUCUUCCAAGCUCCAAUGGAUACUGGCACUCACUAUGCAGUCAUGAGCUCCUAUGAAUACCUCAGUACCGGCCUCAAAACGUACAUGGACAACACGAAGGACGGAUUUUACAUUGCUCCUGCUUUUAUGGACAAGCUUGUUGUCCACAUCAGCAAGAACUUCAUGACUCUGCCCAAUAUCAAGGUUCCUCUCAUUCUUGGUAUCUGGGGAGGCAAAGGUCAGGGAAAAUCUUUCCAAUGUGAGCUUGUGUUUGCCAAGAUGGGAAUCAACCCGAUCAUGAUGAGUGCCGGAGAACUCGAAAGCGGAAACGCCGGAGAGCCAGCAAAGCUGAUAAGACAACGGUACCGCGAAGCAGCGGACAUAAUCAAGAAAGGAAAGAUGUGCUGCCUCUUCAUCAACGAUCUAGACGCAGGAGCAGGUCGUAUGGGUGGAGCUACGCAGUACACGGUGAACAACCAGAUGGUCAACGCCACCCUGAUGAACAUCGCCGAUAACCCCACGAAUGUUCAGCUCCCAGGGAUGUACAACAAAGAAGAGAAUCCUCGAGUUCCCAUCGUGGUCACCGGUAACGAUUUCUCCACCCUCUAUGCUCCCUUGAUUCGUGACGGCCGUAUGGAGAAGUUCUACUGGGCGCCAACGAGAGAGGACAGGAUUGGUGUCUGCACCGGAAUCUUCCGUACCGACAAUGUUCCUCCUGAGGACAUUGUUAAACUUGUGGACACUUUCCCCGGCCAAUCUAUUGAUUUCUUUGGAGCACUGAGGGCCAGAGUGUACGAUGAUGAAGUGAGGAAGUGGGUAUCUGGUGUUGGAGUUGACGGAGUUGGGAAGAAGCUAGUGAACUCAAAGGAAGGACCACCAACGUUCGAGCAACCAAAGAUGACGUUGGCAAAGUUGUUGGAGUACGGCAACAUGCUUGUCCAAGAGCAAGAGAAUGUGAAGAGAGUCCAAUUGGCUGACAAGUAUUUGAACGAAGCUGCUCUUGGCGAUGCCAACCAAGAUGCUAUUAAGAGUGGCUCUUUCUACGGGAAAGCAGCGCAACAAAUUGGUGUUCCUGUCCCCGAAGGAUGCACUGAUCCAAAUGCUUCAAACUUCGACCCAACCGCUAGAAGUGAUGAUGGAACCUGCCUAUACACAUUCUAAGUUUACGAAUCGGAGAGAAAUGCAAAGAUUUGGAUAAUCAAAUAACUUUGUUGUUAUAUUCUUAAUCUACUGGAUGGAUCAUUAUCCUCUAAUAAUAAUAAUAGUUUUGGGUUA